AUGGGGGAAGAACACGAAAUUGAAGUAAAGUUGAAAGAAAAGAAAGAUGAGUGUGAGAGUGAAUCCACUUCAACUAAAACUAAAGCUAGUGAGGAAGCAAAUGAAGAGAAAGAAGAUAAAAAGAAAAUAGAAGAGAAAUAUGUGCCUCCUGCACCGUACAAGCCACCAUUGCCCUUUCCUCAGAGGUUUCAUAAAGCACAAUUAGAUAAGCAGUUUGGGAAAUUCCUUGAAGUUUUGAAGAAGUUGUAUAUCAACAUUCCAUUCACCGAUGUCAUUUCUCAAAUGCCUUCUUAUGCUAAGUUUUUUAGGGAGAUUUUAUCAAAUAAAAGAAGGUUGGAAGAUUAUGAAACUGUUGCACUUACUGAGGAGUGCAGUGCUAUAUUGCAGAACAAACUCCCACCUAAGCUGAAAGAUCCUGGAAGUUUUUCCAUACCAUGUCACGUUGGAGAAACAAGUAUUGAGAGAGCAUUAUGUGACUUGGGGGCUAGUGUUAGCUUGAUGCCACUUUCCAUAUGUGAGAAGUUAAAGGUUGGAGAUUUAAAGCCCACAACUAUUUCUUUGCAGUUAGCUGAUAGAUCUAUAAAGUAUCCAGUUGGCAUUUUAGAGAAUGUACCAUUAAAAGUUGGGAAGUUUUUCAUUCCAGUGGAUUUUAUUGUACUAGAGAUGGAGGAGGAUGUAAGAACGCCCAUCAUACUUGGAAGGCCAUUUUUAGCCACUGCAGGAGCUAAUAUAGAUGUAAAGAAUGGGAAAUUGAAGUUGAUAGUGGGGGAGGAGGAAAUAGAGUUUAAUUUAUUCCAACAUUCCAAGGAACCAGCUGUGAUGAAUUCUUGUUAUAGGGUAGAUGUUAUAGAGCAUUAUCUUUGA